GCCAGUCCCGCCCCUCUGACAGCGUCUCGAGCCACCACCGGGAGAACAUCUUCUGUUGAGAGCCCCUCGCGCCGCCUCCGCUGCCUCCGCCGCCUCCGCCGAGGGAAGGGAAGCGAAGCGUAUCGUAUGUCCGCUAUCCAGAACCUCCAACCUUUCGACCCCUUUGCUGAUGCAAGUAAGGGUGAUGACCUGCUCCCUGCCGGCACUGAGGACUACAUCCAUAUAAGGAUCCAGCAGCGGAACGGCAGGAAGACCCUCACCACCGUCCAGGGCAUCGCCGAUGAUUACGAUAAAAAGAAACUGGUGAAGGCCUUCAAAAAGAAAUUUGCCUGCAAUGGUACUGUAAUUGAGCACCCUGAAUAUGGAGAAGUGAUUCAGUUGCAAGGUGACCAGCGCAAGAACAUAUGCCAGUUCCUUGUAGAGAUUGGACUGGCUAAAGAUGACCAGCUGAAAGUCCAUGGGUUUUAAGUGUCUGUGGCUCACUGAAGCUUUAUGCAGGAAGAUUUCCUUACCAUGGAAUUCCCACCUGUCCCUUGUCAUAAGUUUAAAACCUGCUGACUUGUGUAAUGUAAUGAUCUUGGGUCCACUGUUCAGUCUGGACUACUGUAAUUCAGUGAUGUAAUAAACUGUGACAAGAGCUCA